AAAGUGAAAACUGACCCGCACCAAUAGAAAAUGAAGAAAAGACUUGGAUCCCAAGUCAGUUCUAGAAUACAAGUGUCUUCGACUCCCAAACUUUGCUUAAAACAAUAUCUUUCAUCAACUCAAAAAAAAAAAAAAAAAAAAAAAAAAAAAAAAAAAACAGAGAGAGAGAGAGAAAAAAUAAUCAUUUUUGCAUUAUUUUCUUAAAAUGUCAUCUAAAAAUUUGCCCUUAGAAAUAACCGCACAAAUUUUGUCACAAUUACCCGUUAAAUCUCUCCUACGAUUCAAAUGUGUAUCCAAGUCAUGGAAAACUAUCAUUGAAAGCCCCGAAUUCUUCAAACUCCAUUUGAAGCGCGCUCUUAAAAUAAACUACUAUAAUUCCUCUCUUAUACUCAAAAUCUAUCGUACUGUCACGAUCAAUGGUUCCCCAACCAUCGUUCGUGCCUUGUACCGAGCAUACCUUAACCUUAAUGACACCAAACUCAAUAUAAGAAAAGUUUCCUUACCUCCAUCAUUUAAUACAUCCCUUGAAAGCAUUACAAUGUACAAAAACUAUCAUAUAAACAGACCUGAAAAGCUGGUCUUUGGAAAAAUUGAGGUUGCGGGCUCUUGUAACGGACUUGUUUUGAUAGUAUCUGGGAUAAACCACAUUGCCGUCUGCAAUCCGGCUCUUGAUCAAGAACAAGGAAGCUUCAAAAUACUGCCUUGUAUAAACUAUUGUUAUUAUUCUUACUAUUACAAUGCUCCUGACUGUCAUGAACGAAGUUAUUGGCUAAGCAAUGGAAUACGAAAUUACACAGCAAUUCGAUAUUUUCAAUUCAGGGUUUUCGGGCUUGGAUAUGAUUGCAUCAGUCAUUGCUAUAAAGUUGCAAGUUUAACUGCUAAGAGAGCUCUUAUAUACACUUUAUUGAAAGACAGUCGUUUAUGGAGGGAGAUAAACUUGCCUGUUUUCAACAAUAGUUAUGUGGUACAACCAGGUAACUCGGAAAAAAAGCUGUUCAUCAAGGCACAUAACCAUGGAAUUGCAUUGAACAAUCACUUACAUUGGCAUAUUACCGAGUAUGAUCCACUAAUUUUCGGAUACUCAAAGGAGAUGAUUCUAAAUUUUGAUCUUCAUACAGAAAAAUGGGGUGAAUUGGCAGUACCAGAUGAAUUAAAUAAAGGGUAUUGUUUACAUGAUUACAUAUCAAAACCCUACAUUAUAGAGCUAGGAAUGUUAAAUGGAUGUUUAUGCAUAUUAAUUUCAAGAGGUAUUAGUUAUGAUUAUCUUGAGUUAUGGGUCAUGAAAGUGUACGGAGUGAAGAAUUCGUGGGAAAAAUUGUGCAAUUUACCAAAUGGAAGCGGAAUUCCUCUGGUUCAUCGCAAAGAGCAGCAAGAAUUUCUGCUACCAGGAGCUCAACAUGGGUUAGGUUGGUAUAAUCUAAAAGAGAAGAGAAUAAGGAAGGUUGAGUUUCAUGGGUGUGAGUUUACUGGAGAGCAUUACUAUUCUACCAGUGUAAAAGUAUGCACUGAAAGUUUCGUUCAUCCUUUUACAAAUAUGGAUGGAGUUGAACCUGAAAAAAUGCAUCAAGAUGGAGAAUAAGUAUGUUUUAUUGAGUAGUUUACAGGAGAGCAUUACUAUUCUACCAGGACAAAGCCAGGUUUUCGAACUAAGGGGGCCAAGUAGCUGACGUACUAGUAAAAUAAUUUUAUAAAUAGUUAAAAUCAAGUGUUUAAUUUUAUAUAUCAAAAAGGUUAGUUUGGUGUGGAACCGGAUUACAACCCCAAAUUCAGAUUUAUAAUGUGGCUUGUUAAUGUUGCUAUUGUUGCACUAAAAUGUCCUAUGGGGCUGUUUGGCAAGAUGGAUUUAGGGAGGGAAAUGAGAAUUAGCUAUAAAAAAGAGUCAUUGUUUGUUUACUUAGAAUAGGUGUAGAGGAAGCACAAGUCCUAUGAAAAAUGUCUAGGGGGGUAGGAGGUAUUUUACUUGAGACUUUCCUAAUCUCUAUUCUUCACCCAACAAUAAGUAGUUUUACAUUAUUUCUCAAGUUCUAUUCCCACUAACCAAACAAGUAUAUAUAAUAAAUCCCACAUUAUUCCAUCAACACAACAAAGAAGGAUCAAGAUUUUGUUAAAACCCAAAGUUUCAUCUCAAGUUUCAUCUUAAAGUCUCAUCCAUUCUCAUUUGCCAAACACCCCCUAUGUGCCUAACGAGGAAUUCAUGAGCAUCUAAAUUUAAGUGUCACUUUGAGGAUUUUUAGUGGGAUUUUAAGCUUGUGGCUUAACAUCCCAAUCCUGACAUGUUCUCUGAAAAGAAUGUUGCAUAAAGCAUAGAAAUUGUCCUAUGCUAAGAAGAGAGUUUUGUUUGCUCAGUCUACUGGUUUUUGAAGAAUAGAAAUGAAGCAUUUGGAACUCUGAGAUUCUCUCUGCUGCUGAUGGGAGACUCAAACUGCUAGUAACUAAGGUCUACUUUGCUCUUUUUAUAUGUGUUGUACU